GGUAUGACUACCAACAUGAUCACUGCUGCUCGCCUGAUCGCUCACCAGAGCGUCAACGGCAAGUAUCAGACUCGUAUGGCUAUGGACAAGUUCCCCGUGCUUGGCCACCAGAUGACACACUCCAUCGACUCUUUCAUCACCGACUCUGCCAACUCAGCCACUGCCCUCUACACCGGUCACAAAAGCUCCGUCAACGCUCUCGGAGUUUACGCCGACUCUUCACCCAACCCCCUCGACGAUCCCAAAGUUCAGUCCAUUGCCGAACUAUUCCAUGAAGUUCGUGGAGGCGGCGUCGGUAUUGUCUCUACCGCCUUCAUCGCAGAUGCUACACCCGGCGCUUUGACUGCACACACGCGCAACCGUGGGCAGUACGGCAAUGUCGUAGACUCGUUCCUGAACGGUAUCACCAACUACACCUGGCCCUCAUGGACCGGCCCCGAUGUUCUCUUCGGCGGUGGUGCCGAGCAGUUCAUCCCCAGCAGCAAGUCUUUCCAAGGAAAGGAUUACUACCAAGAGUUCAGAAACAAGGGCUACAAUGUCAUUCAAAACAACACCGCACUGCAGGCUGCCCCUACCACUGAGCGCUCCCUUGGUAUUUUCUCAGUCAGCAACAUGGCCAAGUGGCUCGACAGAAAUGUGUACAAGAACAACACGCAGAUCCCCAAGACCUCUCCAGACGGAAGCAGUGCUGCCGCUGUUGACCAGCCCGGUCUUAAAGAGAUGACUCUGAAGGCUAUCGAUAUUCUGCACAAGCGUAACCCCGACAAGGGUUUCUUCCUCAUGUCGGAGGCCGCCUCCAUUGACAAGAUGAUGCACACUUUGGAUUACGACCGCGCCCUUGGAGAACUUCUUGAACUCGACGACACCAUCAAGGCCACCCUCAAGCACCUCGAGGAAAUUGGUGAACUCGAAAACACCCUCGUCAUUGUCACUGCCGAUCACGGCCACGGCUUCGAUGUCACUGGUGGUGUCGAUACCAAGUUUAUGGAUGCUCAGACAUCGGACCGAGCCAAGCGUAAUGCUGUCGGUACCUACGAACAAUCCGGUCUUUCGCAAUACAUGGUCGCCAACCGCUCUGCCCCCAUCGGCUCUGACCAGAACCUUGUCUACUCUGCCGGCGUCGACUUCCCUGUCAACUGGGACCCUCGCUACACUCUUCAGUCUGGUCUGGCUACUUUCCCUGACCACAGGGAAUCGUACAGAAUUCACAAGGGAUCUGUGAGAGUGCCUGCUAUCAACAUUACUGGCUUCAGCAGUAACGACUAUUUUUUGAAUUAUGUGGACGCGAUCACGGGCUUCGUCAUUAACGGAACUCUUCCUGUCUCCGCUGACCAGGGUGUACACUCCCUGACCGAUGUCCCAGUCUUUGCCCAAGGACCUUGCCAAAGCGCAUUCGGUGGUGUCUACAACAACGUCGACAUCUUCUACAACAUUGCUACAUGCCUGCGCCUGCAGAGAACAAAGGCCGGACACUAGAUAUAUACUUUAAGGUGAACAUUUUGGAAAACUUUUGGAAAACCUUUGGAUGAAGAAGAAGACUAGAUAUCAAUCGGAG